GAAAAAGGGUCUGUCCUCCUCCUCCCACAACCAUGAAAGGCCACAUGACCACCGGAGAUCAAGAAUCAGCGGCUGCGCUCCGCCGGAAAAGAAACCUCAAGUGUCUGGCUCUCAUAGUCGCCGGAGUUAUACUACAGGCCGCAGUCAUACUGGUCUUUGUAUUAACCAUAAUGCGCAUCCGAAACCCUAAAGUCAGGUUUUCCACCGUUACAGUUCAAAAUCUGAGGGUUAACUCCUCUUCUUCGCCUUCUUUUAGCAUGAAACUUAAUGCUCAAUUUACAGUCAAGAACACAAAUUUCGGCCAUUUCAAAUUCCAAAGCAGCACUGCUACGAUCCUCUAUGAGGGAAAACCUGUUGGUGAGGCUGUCAUUGAUAAGGCUCGUGCUCGGGCUCGAUCAACGAAGAAGCUCAAUAUUACUGUGGGUGUGAAUUCAGAGAAGGAAACAAGAAAUUCACAGCUGAGUAGUGACAUAAAGUCAGGGAAAAUAACACUGACAAGCCAAGCAACUUUGAAGGGGAAGGUACAUCUGUUCAAGGUUAUUAGGAAGAAAAAGUCUGCACAGAUGAACUGCACUAUGGAUGUUAAUACCAAAACACAUGCAGUUGAGAAUUUACACUGCAAGUGACAUUUCAAGUCUCAUUAGUGUUUGUGUGUGUGUUCUGUGGUUUAUGUUUUUUUUUUUUAGAUGUUGGUUCCAAUUUGAUUGCAGGAAAAACAUGUACUAUUUCAUUUGUGUUGGGGAGGAUACAUAUAAAGCUCUGAC